AUGUUCACAAAGAUAAGUUUAGCAAAACAGCUCAUGAUGAAUCUGUUCCUGGCCCUCCUACUUACGGCAGUGGUCUCACAGCCGGUUAACCUUGAACUUGAGAACAAAAAAGCAGACCUUGGCAGCCAAUUAUCCGCUGCAGCCCUGGAACUGUUUAUGAAGUUCGAUGUUCUCAUUGAAGAAUACACAUGCAAACUUGAGGACGCCGAUUGUAAACCCUGGAAGGCUGAUAAUUUGUUAGAUGCAAUGCAGCUGAAAAAGGUGAAUUGUGACGAAGAUACUGAUAAGACAAACGAGAUGUGUGCCAAGGCAAGAGAGCUACUGGGAAAUAUGGAGGCGAAUAAUGAAGCGAUACAGGAGGGCUUGAAAGACAUUGCUAGGCAGAUGUUUAACAAGGAAACCAAAGCAGUGAUGAAUCCAUUGGGAGGGGCUAUAGCUGACUUUAUAUGCUACAAGGAGGAGGGCUUGUGCGAAAUUUUGAGAGCAAUUUAUGAUGCCGAGGAACAGAUCGAGAACAAAUACGAAGACGAGAAUAAGAAAUAAGAAUAUUGACCCAAAAUAGAAAUUUGGGUUGAAGAAUUCAUAAUUUCAAAAAUUGUCUUGAAGCACAUUUGUUAGAAAACAGAAAAAAUAAGAUAGCCUAUUGCAUGUCCGGACGUUUUUCUCUCAGUAAAAUUAAAAAUAGAUUUGGUAUUAGGUAUAUAAUUAGGUGUUUUAAGUCUAUAUCCAAUUGUCUUUCAAAUAUUCGGAUAAGUACAUGUUUUACAACUUUUGAUAUUAGUUAUUUGUCCAAA